CUAGUUGCUAGCAGAGCCCGUCUAUGGACAUUCUCUGUUGCUAGUCUGCUGAUUUUAUCUCAUCAAAAUGGCGGACAUUGACGAACUGUUCGGGAGUGAAGGGGACAGUGACAAUAAUGAACAACGAGCAGUGGAUUCCGGCUCUGACUCGGGUUCUGAUUCAGAAGAUGAAAGACCCCAUUCUGCUAGUAACGCGUCUGGCAGCCAUAGCGAAAGAGAUGAAGAUGAUGAGGAAGUUCAGGAUGCAGGAAAGCCUAGCAACAAGGAGCUGUUUGGAGAUGACAGUGAGGAUGAGCCUGGUAGCCAGCACAGCCGCAGUGACAAUCAGUCUGAAAACUCAGGCAACCGGUCAGAUGCCAGCAUGCACUCAGAGCAGGACGAGAAUGACCAAUCAGAUGCUGAACAGCGCAGCGGGUCUGAGUGUGAUCUUCAGGAGGAAGAUGGAGUUAAUAGGUCAGAGGGGGCAAGUCCUAUCUCUGGAGCAGGGAGCCAUCAAUCAAGGAGGGAUAGUGCUCGGUCAGACAGAAGUGUGCAUAGUGACCCUGGAACUCCCCAAUCAGGACCUGGUACUCCUCAUUCAGAGGGUGAGGGCUCAGGCAGGGAGAACCAGUCAGAGGAUGAGAAGUGGGGGGCCAAGAGUGACCAGUCGGAGGAUGAGGAAGAGAAGCGACAGCAGAAUUCUGAUGAGGAGAGAGAGAUCUCUGAUGAGGGUCACCGGAGGUCACCCAAGUCAGGGUCUGCAAAGGGUAGUGAUAGCGAAGAUGAUUUUAUCAGACAGAAAACCAAGAAGAAGGCUGCAUCCAAUUCAGAUUCUGACAGUGAUGUUGGAUCAAAGACAGGAAAGAAGCCAGCAGCAGAUGACCUGUUUGGAGAGGCAGAUGACAUCUCAUCAGACAGUGAUGCAGAGAAGCCCCCUACUCCUGGACAACCCCUGGACAUCGAGGAAGGUAUGGACGGAGAGCAGGCUGAGGAGGAGCCGGUCCCAGAGACUCGUAUUGAAGUGGAGAUCCCGAAAGUUAGCACAGAUCUAGGAUCAGACCUGUACUUUGUCAAACUGCCUAACUUCCUGUCUGUGGAGCCUAGACCCUUUGACCCACAGUAUUAUGAGGAUGAGUUUGAGGAUGAAGAGAUGUUGGAUGAAGAGGGUCGGACUAGACUCAAGCUGAAGGUGGAGAAUACUAUUCGAUGGAGAGCGAAGAGGGAUGAGGAGGGGAAUGAGACACGCGAAAGCAACGCUCGCAUCGUCAAGUGGUCUGAUGGCAGCAUGUCACUCCACCUAGGGAAUGAAGUGUUUGACGUUUACAAGGCCCCUCUACAGGGAGACCACAACCAUCUAUUUAUCAGACAGGGCACUGGAUUACAGGGGCAGGCUGUGUUCAAGACCAAACUCACCUUCAGGCCCCACUCCACAGACAGUGCCACCCAUAGAAAAAUGACUCUGUCUCUGGCUGACCGUUGCUCCAAAACUCAGAAAAUCAGGAUCCUGCCCAUGGCUGGACGUGACCCGGAGUCCCAACGAAAUGAGAUGAUCAAGAAGGAGGAAGAACGCCUACGUGCGUCUAUUCGCAGGGAGUCCCAGCAGAGAAGGAUGAGGGAGAAACAGCAUCAGAGGGGGCUGAGUGCUGGAUACUUAGAGCCUGAUCGCUAUGAUGAUGACGAGGAGGGAGAGGAGGCCAUCAGCCUAGCAGCCAUCAAGAGCAAAUAUAAGGGAGGGGGUGGCCUUAGGGAGGAGCGAGCAAGGAUUUAUUCGUCUGACAGUGAUGAGGGCUCAGAUGAUGACAAGGCCCAAAGGCUUCUGAAGGCCAAGAAGCUGGACAGUGACGAGGAAGGAGAGAGCUCAGGAAAGAGGAAGAUUGAGGAUGAUGAGGAAACUGCCACCAAGAAGGCCAAGAAGUAUGUAAUCAGCGAUGAAGAGGAGGAAGAGGAAGAUGAUGAAUGAAUGUUAAUUUUUUUACAUAUUGCUACUGUGCUGUCUAUUCGGGCUGUAUACGCUGCAGUUUUGGGAUAUUUUCCAUGGAUGACCCUAGUGCCUGUGUGUUUGUAGCUAUGUGCAACUGAGGUAGGAAAUAAAGAGUAACCAAAAUGUA